AAUGAAUACUUGGAUUAAAUUAGUACAUAGUUAUAUUUUAACAUUUUUCCAUUACGUACUUAAUCCAUAUAUUUUUGGAUUAGUAGUUUAAAAUGUUUACCGAUAAAUACUUAUUUACAAUCCCUUCACAACAUACUGUAAAAGUAAAAUGGAGAUUUUAGUAUACGAAAAUGAGUAUGACAUCUUCAACCUAAAUCCGUUGGAAGUGUACUUAUUGAUACUUUGUGUGGGAGAAGAUGCUUUGUUGUAAUUUGGUUUGGACAAGCUUUUAGUAGCUGUGAAUAUAAACGAAAGUAAACAUGUUUAUGCUGAGGACGCAUGAUCUUUCUUGGCAAGAUCACGUGGUCAAUAUUGAAUUUAUGGUGAAUCCUUCACAUAAUCAACUCUUGUUCAAUAAACAUAAAACUUUAGCUUCAAAAUGUGAUAAAGAAAAGAGAUUAUAUGACAAGGAAUUAAAAACCUCACAGAAAAACUUUGUCGUUGACAUGCGUAUGAUGGAGAGAAAGAAGAGUGCACUGGAACGACGCCAGUCUGAAAUAAAAACAAGGAAACACAGCCAAGAAUUCAUUAAAAAGUCUUCUAAACCGAGAUCAGGGAAUAAUAAUGUUCCAGAUUCUAAUAUAAUUCGAGGACAGUCAGCACCACCGAAUAUCGAUUCAGCAUUUAUGACAGAAGUCGACCACUUCUCCAGAGAUGAUGAUGAAAGUUAUUACAAUGUUUCUCCAAUUUCUCGUGGAACGACAAAAAAUGCUUGGUAUGCGUCUACGCCGGACGCGUCACGACCAUCCACACAAAAACAGUCAUCAUCUGCAUACAAAUCGUCAACUCGUAAAAAAUCUGUUCGUUUUGACGACCGGAUUACAGAAGAUAGUUGUGCUACACAUGUGAACAACAGAGUGAAGAUAUUUCUGGAAGAACAGAAAAACUUUAAUAGACGUCCGCUAAUCUAUAAUGGCAGAUUUAAGUCGUCUUCUUCGCCAGCUGUGACAAAACGCUGUAUGAGUACAAAGCUUGAUACAGACACACUGAUGCAUGCGUUUAAUGAUCUCUGCUUAAACAACAGCGUGGAAAAUUUCAAAAAACUAUCUUCCGUGGCAAGCCGAGUGAAAUCGAACUAUAAAUUAGCCCGGAAUACCUCACUAGUUCCAGCUCAUGUGGCACUUAAAACAUCGCGACGUUUCAAAGAAAUCAUUGGCAAAGAAUAAAGUGCUAAUGAAACAACGUUUUCUUCAAUCAAAGUGAUGUACAGAUAUACAUUAUUUGUCUAAUGAAGAGAAACAUUCAUCAUUUCAGUCUUUUUUCAAGCAAAUUAUUUGUGCAAGUAUUUUUUGUUACGUCUCUUAUCGUUCUUUCAAAAACUAUUUAUUAUGUAGACACAUAUUAAUGUUUCGACCUUACCAUUUCUGAUGAUCAAUUAUUGUUAUAAACAUGCAUAUAUUUAAUCAAAAUAAUUGUAAAGGGUUCGUUUGAACCACUGCAUUAUAAUAUUGCUGCUGUUAGUGUAAAAGUGUUAGGAUGACUGUAUUUAAAAGUGAUUCCAUAUAUCAGUAAAAAAUAGAAUUAAAAACAAGAGUGCACAUGCUGAAA